GAAGCAACUGCUUUCCGCAAUUAAUUUAAGGUUAUCACAAGGGUGCAUUCCCUGCAGCGUAUCCUGCAAGGUGUUCCCGGUACUGCGGAUUUGCUAGUCCUGGCACUUGCCCUAUUUGACAAUACUUUUUUGUUAUCGUUUUCUUGACAUGCGACUUCUUAUCAGUCCGUGUUCUUCUUCGAUCCUUCAGCUAAUUCUUCAAUGUUCGCUAACAAUCUUUCGCUUUCGCAUUCACAUUCACAUUCACAUUCACAUUCGCCCCCUCGCAAAAUAAAGCCUCAAUCCGACUAGCGAAUCCUAAAGCUUGUUUGUUCCCCUAUUAGGUAUACCAAGGGGCAUAUAUCAUCUGAUCUUUAUCUUUUAUCUUUAACAAAAGAAUCCUACAUUUUAUCACUAGCUUUUUAUAGUCUAAACACAUACCAUCACCACCCCCCCUGCCCCUCACUUAUCUGGAGAUCUCUCAACAUGUCGACGUCUACACCGAUCCUCACGGCCGAGGGACAACCGCUCCGGUCCGUCUUAAAGCAGGACGAUGACCUGGAGAGGCCGUCUUCUCAAAACACUAGUAUAAGUACGAAAGCCGUACAGAUAGCUGAACCUGAACCGGAUCAGGACAAUUUAGAGGAAAUACAUCCUAAAAGACAAUAUUCGGCUGGACUUGCGAAACGCUUGAGCGGCCGUCCACCUAUGUUAGACUACAACUCUUCUAGGACUUCACUCCAAAGUCAGAACAGUUUAGAGCCACAAAGUAGCCAUGCUAGCAGCCAGUCCCCUCAUCAUAAUACACAGGAUGGCGGUCGUUCGCAUUCUCAUCAUCGCCAUCACCAAUUAGAUAGGUUUGUUGCUCAGGUUGCCGAUUGGUUAGAACAUGAGCGAGUCAAGAAGCAAAACAGGAGGUCGAGGAGGGUUCAUUCGAGCAGGCGGAAACACGCGAAAGAUGAUGCCGACAAAACCGACAAAACCGACACGCAGCAGCCGCCCGAGAGAGCUAGGGCGUACUCUAUUGAUUCCCAAUCCAGUGAUACAUCUUUUGAAAGGCUCCAAAAGAUUGUUGACGAUGGCAUGAGUGCCUUAGGUCUCCAUGGGAUUCCGCACUAUAGCCCAAAGCCUGGAAAGAAGUUAUCACGGAAAAGAUCCGUUACUAUGCACCGAACGAUUUCAUCAGACACAGAGUAUCAAGACGGCGAUAUUUUAGUUCCGGCAUGUGACGCAGUUCUCGAUAAUUCCAAAACAUUAGGCUAUUCUGGGGGGAAACCUUCUUCGACGGAUGACGUUUCUUUUUCGAGUAAGAAAGAAGAGAAGGAGAGGAGAGCUUGGAUCACCUUCAAGAACGAAAUCAUCAAGCUAGCUCAUACCCUAAGGCUCAAGGGCUGGAGGCGUGUUCCCCUGGAUAGCGGAGAGAGUAUCGAUGUGACGCGCCUUAGUGGGGCUUUGACAAAUGCCGUCUAUGUUGUCUCUCCGCCAGAUAACAUAAUAACGAUAGGCGAAGGGUAUAAGAAAAACCCCGCGAAACUAUUAUUGAGAAUUUAUGGUCCCCAAGCCGAUCAGAUUAUCGACAGGGAGAACGAAUUGAAUGUGUUGAGAAGGCUUGCGAAGAAGAAAAUCGGGCCUCGUUUGUUGGGGACAUUUACUAACGGCCGGUUCGAGCAAUACCUCAACGCCGUCACUCUUACAGCAGACGAUAUCAGAGAUCCAGACACGUCGAAGAAAAUUGCUAAGAGAAUGAGAGAGUUGCACGAUGGAAUAAAACUCCUGGACAGAGAAAGGGAUGGCGGGCCUAUGGUUCUGAAAAACUGGGAUACUUGGCUCAAUAGAACUUCACGUGUGAUCACCUACUUGGAUCGAAAAAUCCUCUCUGGCAACCCUGGUCCCGUCAGGGGUCCAGCAGAUACAUGGAAGCUACGAGGUCUUGUCUGCGGUGUUGAGUGGGCUGUGUUUAAGGAACUAGUAGAUAAGUAUCGGAGAUUCUUGGUCGAUUACUAUGGCGGCUCCCGUGCUAUACGAGAGAGUCUGGUGUUCGCACAUAGUGAUACUCAAUAUGGCAACAUCUUACGCGUCCAGCCCGACGACAAGAAGUCACCUUUACUUCAACCCAAUUAUGAACACAAGCAGCUCGUGGUCAUAGACUUCGAAUACUCGGCUGCCAACACGAGGGGCUUAGAGUUUGCAAACCACUUCACGGAAUGGUGUUACAACUACCACAGCGAGGAUGCCCCUUUCGCGUGCGACACGACGAUAUAUCCCACGCUGGAAGAGCAGCGUCGUUUCAUCCGGGCGUAUGUCAACCACCGGCCCGAUUUUCCGCAUCCGGGUGCCUCCACGCCGAACCUAACGCCCCUAGCAACUCCAACUUUACAGCCAAGCACACCCGGCUUAGUCGCUACGAGCCUUGGCUCCACAAGCUCGAUCCGGGAGUUCAUGCUGGACUCGCGCGCACCACCGGGCGGCUGGAAAGAGGAGGAUCGCCGCCGCGAAGAGCAAGUCGAGACUCAAGUUGACGCAUUGGUGGAGGAAACACGCAUCUGGCGCGUCGCAAACAGCGCCCACUGGGUCGCUUGGGGCAUCAUGCAGGCCAAGAUACCCGGGUUCGACGAGAACGCUACAGAUGGCGUAGAAGGAGCCGUACAGCCGACAGCUAUCACAGCGCCGGAGGAGGAAGUAGGUGAUGCGGCUGAGUUCGACUACCUUGCGUACGCGCAGGACCGCGCCAUGUUUUUCCUUGGGGACUGCAUCAAGAUGGGUUUGGUCACAGAAGAGGAUCUACCACAGGAGGUAAGGGGGAAGAUCAAGUACGUGGAUUCCGAGGAACUGUUUGUUGGCGGUGCGAUGGGGAAGAGGUAGUUAGCAUAUAUAUCUGAUGGAAAUGAGGAUAUGGCGAGUGAUACAUUGGCUUUGGAAUACGCUUUCAGCAGACGGAACAAUACGGAACAGUUAGGUGCGAUACAAUACUUAUCAUCUAGUAGCGAGCAAUGGAUACUUACCCAGCGUGUAUAUUAAUAAGAAGGCCACCAGUUGAGUAGCGAAUGAAUUCCAAAUAGAAAAUUAUAAAAGUCAAG